CGCGGCUUUAAAUUUAUUCUCUUAUACAGUAUUUCUACUUGCUCAAAACUACAAGAAAAACAUUCGAAACUUCUAUCCCAUUGUCGUAAUAAUCUGAUUGUCGACCCUAUUCUUACGAUACCAAUGACAAGAAGAGAACGCUUUCGUUGCGUGCGAUGGCGACUUGGUUGGUUACCUCUUGGUAAACCCAAGCCUGCCCUUUCCAUCCAAAUGAACUCCUCACACACACACGCUCACAUAGUUUUUCUUGUUUGCAUAUGCAUAACCGCCUUCAGAUGCCCCAAAUCUAUUGAAGAUCCACUCUCUUAUCUCUUGAACCUAUUAACAUCAACAUCCCUUACUAAGAAAGUAAGAAAAUCAAUUGAUGCCUGGCUCAUACGCUGGCCUUCUCUAUGUGCAAUUCUG